CAGCAGACAGGCAGGUGGGCGGGCCGAGGCAGCCGGAGCCGGCCCAGAGAGCUGAGGGCUGCAGUCGGGCUGGAGCCGAGAUGGGUGUCAAAGCAGGACCCCCAGAGGUGCGGAGCCCUCCGUGGAGAGCGUUGCUGGCCCCUGCAUGGCCCCACCCCAUGCUGCCCCCCAGCCCACGGAGCAGAGAGCUGGGCACGGUCCUGGGAACCCUGGCCGUGCUGUGGCUCAGUGGCGUGGCUCUCAUCUACCUCCUGUGGCAAGUGCCCCAUCUGCCCACCUGGGGCCAGCGGCAACCCGCCACGUCCCCGGCCUGGGAGGCCCUGGGAGGGGAGGACCAGGGGCCAGACUCCUGUCAGCUGCUCCUCGUGGAGAGCCUCCCCCAGGACCUGCCCUUUGCGGCCGGCAGCCCGUUCGCCCAGCCCCUGGCCCAGGCCUGGCUGCAGCUGCUGGAUGCCGCCCAGGAGAGUGUCCACAUCGCCUCCUACUACUGGUCCCUCACGGGCCCCGACAUCGGGGUCAACGACACCUCUGCCCAGCUGGGAGAGGCCCUGCUGCAGAAGCUGCAACAGGUGCUGGACAGGAAUGUGUCCCUGGCUGUGGCCACCAGCCACCCGACACUGGCCAGGAACUCCACGGACCUCCAGGCCUUGGCAGCCCGAGGUGCACAGGUACGCCAGGUGCCCAUGGGGCGGCUCACCGGCGGCGUUCUGCACUCCAAGUUCUGGGUCGUGGACGGGUUGCACGUCUACCUGGGCAGUGCCAACAUGGACUGGCGGUCCCUGACCCAGGUGAAGGAGCUCGGUGCUGUCGUCUACAACUGCAGCCGCCUGGCCCGGGACCUGGAGAAGACCUUCCAGACCUACUGGGUGCUGGGGGCGCCCAAGGCUGCACUCCCCAAACACUGGCCUCAGAACUUCUCGUCCCACUUCAACCGCUUCCAGCCCCUCUACGCCCGCUUUGACGGGGUGCCCACCACAGCCUACUUCUCGGCGUCGCCGCCCGAGCUCUGCCCCCACGGCCGCACCCGGGACCUGGACGCGCUGCUGGCAGUGAUGCGGGGGGCCCGGCAGUUCAUCUACGCCUCGGUGAUGGACUACUUCCCCACCACCCGCUUCACCCACCCGGCCAGGUACUGGCCGGUGCUGGACAAUGCGCUGCGGGAGGCGGCCUUUGGCAGGGGUGUGCACGUGCGCCUGCUGGUCAGCUGCUGGCUCAACACGGACCCCAGGAUGUUCCCCUACCUACGGUCCCUGCAGGCCUUCAGCGACCCCGCGGCCGGCAUCUCCGUGGACGUGAAAGUCUUCAUCGUGCCUGUGGGGAACCACUCCAACAUCCCGUUCAGCAGGGUGAACCACAGCAAGUUCAUGGUCACAGAGAGGGCAGCUUACAUCGGCACCUCCAACUGGUCGGAAGAUUACUUCAGCAGCACCUCAGGUGUGGGCCUGGUGGUCAGCCAGAGGCCCUCGGUCACGGAGCCCAGGUGCGACACCGUGCAGGAGCAGCUGCGGCAGCUGUUUGAGCGGGAUUGGAGCUCCCGCUACGCCGUGGGCCUGGACGGACAGGCGCAGGGCCAGGACUGCUCGUGGCAGCACUGAUCCCCCCCCACCCCGAUGUCCCUGGUGGGUGCUGCUCCCCUCAAGGCCUCCCCGCCCGUCCGUCCUCCCAUCUGGACUCCAGGCAGCUCCUUCCGCACAGGCCAUGGUCAGGGUCAAGACUGCCCAGGCCCAGGGCAGUGGAACAAACUGUUCACUCUCCCCUGCUCUCCAGACGCAACCCCUCAAUGCGCCUCCCUCAUCAAGGGGACCCCCAGAGGCCUCUGCACGACCCCUGCCAGACUGCAGUCCCGCCCACAUGAGGGGCC